AUGGCAAACGCAACACCCUCCCUGGAUGAGGCGAUCAUCAUCGUUGGCGCUGGCGUGUUCGGACUUUCGACGGCGUUUGCCCUCCAGCAGCGAGGCUACACCAACAUCACGGUUCUGGACAGGGAUCUACCACCCGUCCGCGACGGCAGCAGUACCGAUAUAUCACGAAUCGUGCGCUCGGAUUAUGUCGAUCCAUUCUACUCGCGACUGGCUACUGAGGCGAUUGAGACAUGGAAGUCGUCUAGUGUGUUCAAGCCGCACUACUAUCCGAGCGGAUUCAUGCUGGCCUCCGAGGCGGUGGCCGAUCCGUACUUGGAGAAGAACAAGGAGACGCUUCGUGGCCAGAACCAGAAAUAUCGCGAGUUCAACGAUCUUGCGGCGCUGAAGGCGAAUAUUCCUGGAGAGUCCUUGAGGGAUGUCAAGUAUGGGUAUAUGAAUCUGAAUGCUGGAUGGGCUGAUGCUGCUGGGGCGACCAGGGCGCUGGCAAUCCGGCUCAGUGAGUUGGGGGUUUCUUUCAUUACUGGACCUCGAGGAACCCUACGAUCCUUGAUUGUCGAUGGCAAGACCAAGAAGAUCUCGGGGGUCAAUGUGGUGCAGGGCCCACCGAUCCAUGCAUCCAAAGUGAUCAUGGCCACAGGUGCAUGGACUACUCGAUAUCUCGAUGAUCUAGACUACCACAUCAUCGGAUCAGCACAACCCGUGGGAUUCAUCCAACUCACUGCUGAGGAGGGCAAGAGACUCGCCAACAUGCCUGUCGCGAUCAAUGUGACCUCUGGGGUAUUUGUCUUCCCACCAUAUCCUGGAAACAACAUGCUCAAGGUCGCAUACCACGGCCACGGAUUCGAAGUCAAGGCAUCUUUGGAGAGUGGUGAGAGCCGCCAGAGUCCCUUUUCUGCGCCCAAGCGAGACUCCAACAAUGCGGCAUCAACAUUCCUUCCAGAAGAUGCGGAUCAAUACCUUCGAUCCGGUUUGAGACAACUCAUUCCUAGUUUAGCGGAUAGGCCGUGGGUGAAAGGCCGUUUGUGCUGGUAUACGGAAACGCCUACGGGCGAUUUCAUCGCGGAUUAUCAUCAUUCGGUGAACGGGUUGUUCAUCGCUACUGGCGGAUCUGGACAUGGUUUCAAAUUCUUACCCGUCUUGGGCAAGUAUAUCGCCGAUUGCUUCGAGGGUAAGGCAGACCCCGAAGUGAAGAAGAAAUGGAAACUGCCUAGUCCAAGUAUUGGAGGGAAGGCAAUCAUGGUGAAUGACGGGAGUCGGCGCGGCCCUCCAAGGCGGACACUUGGGGAGGAAGAGCAGCUGAAAGCAAGGUUGUGA